AAUACAGGUAAAAUUAUUAAUAUUGACGUGCUAAUACAUACAACUGGUUCAGUUGGGAUCGGUAUAAAUACCUUGAGCCUGACACUGACCCACCAACAGUUGCCUUACCCAACUCAUCAUGUACAAACACCUCUUCGUUGUGAUGCUGCUGAUCGCAGUGAGCUGUGCCCACGACGAUGAUGCACAUGCUCAGGCGCACGAGUCCAAAAAGGAGGAUGGCCACGGCAACUUCGCUUAUAAGUUCGACAUCACCAACGGCAUAGGUGCCGAGGAGGAGGGCGAUGAACACAACAAUGUGCAUGGCCAGUUCCAUUUCGUGUCGAAGGAGGGUCUGCCCAUUGAGGUGUCCUACACGGCCGAUGAGAACGGUUAUCAUCCACAUGGCGACUCGCUGCCCACACCCCCGCCCACACCUGAGGCCAUUCUGAAGGCGUUGGCCUACAUUGAAGCGCAUCCACGCAAGGAGCCACUGCCACAGCUUCCACAUGGACAUGGCAGGCAUUAGGUGGCUGGCUAGCUUCAGCUCCAUUUGCAGCCAUUUUCCCAUUUCUCGCACAUUCAAUUGCAAUUGGAUGCGUCUCCAUCAGUUGAACAUAAAAAUAAAACUUUACGACGCAAGA